AUGCCACUCGCCAUCCACCUAGAUAAUCCACUGCCGGUGUACUCCGGCAAUGAAGUCAUCCAAGGGCGGGUGGUCUUCGAGUGCCCCAACCUGAUCGACAUCCAAGACAUCCGGGUGACGUUUUCUGGCCGCUCCAAGGCCACCGUGAAGAAGGUUAAGGGCUCCGCGGCUCCCUCGGCCAGUUAUCGCAGCAAAUGCGUCCUAUUCGAGAAGGAAAGGAUCCUGAAGUCGUUGAACGGCAGCCCGCUCCCACCAGAGACUUACGAAUGGCCGUUUCAAUUCACCGUUCCCUCGCACGCUGAGUCGGGUGGGAAAUGGCCUGAGAAACUCCCCUUCCGGAGCGAUGUCGGUCAUCCCUUGCCGCCAUCUUUUGCAGCGGAGAUAGGCGACUCUCUGCGCAAGUUGGAAUGUGCGAUCGACUAUCGGAUUCGGGCGCAAGUGCUGAAGCCUCAGAAGGGGUUCUUGGGGAAACGGUCGGCAUUGUUCGACGAGACUGUUCGGUUGAAUUAUAUCCCGCUGGCUGCGCAAGUAGAUCGAGCUCGCGAUUCGCCAUCCUUGUAUCAACAGAAAAGAGAGCAAAUAUUUACCGUGCGGAGUCUGCUGUUGCUUCCGGAGAAUCGAGGCCGCAAUUUAGGCUUCCAGGAGAAAUUCCAGUCGUGGCUGUCGCCCAGUCGACUCCCUCGCUUUGAUUUCCAGGUCUCGUUGACUUACUCCGCCCAGGUGGUUCAAUCCACGCCACUGCCUUGUGUUCUGGAAAUUGUGCCUUUCAUGGAAAAUGCUUCGGUUUCCAAUGCCCCGGAUAUCUUGCUACAGUCUGUGUCGAUGUUCGUUGUGAAUCGCACGUCAGCUCGAGCGUCGCCGUCCAUAAUGGGCGCAAUAUCUGGUGAAGUUGACGAGCGCAUCGAGAUUCUGUCCAAAACAUCAGUCAGAACGCCAGUAUCGGGUCGAGUCGAUUUGAAUCAGAUGUUUGGGCCACUCGUGUUCAAGAAGUCGGACGUAUCGUUCAGCACGUUCAACGUAUCCAGGCAGUACACACUUUGCGCGUCGUUUGUGUUUGAAUGUGCCGGUAAAACUCUGGAAUUUACCCUUGCCGAUCUAGGUAUCAACAUAAUGGCAGAUGUCCAGGAUUUCGGUGGACAGGAUAAGAUGUCCAAAUCCGAGCUCGCCAGUCAAGAUCUGGGAAUUACGAAUACGCCCCAUUCCACCUCGCGGCAGAAUGAUAACGAAAGCCCUCCAUCCUACGCAUCUUUGUCUCCUUUGUCGACAAGAACGUUCGAGAAAGGCCCCGGGUGA